UUUGAAGAGAGGAGCAUUUGACGCCGCUUUUUGGUGCCAGUUCUGCCCUGCGCUUGCCUGUUUAAAGCGCCCACUUCCGCCGCGUUCAUCCCCCGUCCGCUCUUCCAACCUCACGGACGAUCGAUCGAAGCGGCGGCCUUCAUGAGAGCUUCCGGGAUCUCAGGCGCCUCCCCGCCCCUCGCAGCCGGGAGAUUUGGGCGCUUAAGGCGCCAGGAGAUUUGCCCUGUCCUCGUCAGGUCCAAUUUGUUACCUACUCCCCGGUCGUCCUUGACCAUCGGUUCUCAGAGUUCAUCUCCAAAAGAGGUGAAGAAGAAUAACAUGGAUGAUCUUUCCAAUUGGGAUUUGGCAUCAAAUACAACAUCUUUGUCACCGUUGGAUGGACGCUAUAUGCAAAAGGUCAAGGAUUUACGCCCAUUCUUCAGUGAAUAUGGACUAAUUCGUUACCGGGUUUUGGUUGAGGUAAAAUGGUUGCAAAAGCUUUCUCAAAUUCCUGAAAUUGUGGAGGUCCCACAGUUUAGUCAGGAUGCUCAUCUUUUCUUGGAAAAAAUUAUUGACAAUUUCGAGAUAAAUGAUGCUGUCGAAGUGAAAAAGAUUGAGAAAAUAACUAAUCAUGAUGUGAAAGCAGUGGAGUACUAUUUGAAGCAGAAAUGUAAAUCUCAUCCCGAUAUUGCAAAGGUGCUCGAGUUUUUUCAUUUUGCAUGCACGUCUGAGGAUAUAAACAAUUUGGCUCAUGCUUUAUCACUAAAAGAGGCUCUGAAUGAUGUUAUCUUUCCAGCCAUGGUUGAUUUGUGUAAAGAAAUAUGCGCUCUAGCGAAGGAAAAUGCACACAUUCCUAUGUUGUCUCGCACACAUGGCCAGCCAGCAUCACCUACGACAUUGGGAAAGGAAAUGGCGAAUUUUGCAGUCAGACUUGGUGAGAGAGGAAAGACUUUCUCUAGAAUUCAGAUACUUGGAAAGUUUGCUGGUGCAGUUGGAAAUUAUAAUGCUCAUAAAGUUGCAUAUCCCAAUAUCAACUGGAGAGACAUCGCUGCAGAGUUUGUACUAUCUCUGGGAGUAGAUUUUAAUGCAUAUGUAACACAGAUUGAGCCGCACGACUAUAUCGCAGAGCUUUUCAAUAACAUACUUCAAUUUAACAACAUCUUAACUGAUUUUGACAGAGAUAUAUGGAGCUACAUAUCUCUGGGUUACUUCAAACAGAUAACAAAGGCCGGUGAGAUUGGAUCUUCCACCAUGCCUCACAAAGUAAAUCCUAUAGAUUUUGAGAAUAGUGAGGGUAAUCUGUGCUUAGCAAAUGCUAUUUUAUCAGCCUUGAGCAUGAAGUUGCCUGUUUCACGGAUGCAGAGAGACCUGACUGAUUCAACUGUGUUGAGGAACCUAGGUGUUGGAUUAGGGUACUCGCUUGUAGCUUAUAAAAGUGCACUACAGGGAAUCAAAAAGCUCCAGGUCAAUGAAUCUCGUCUGAUUGAAGACUUGGAGCAGACUUGGGAGGUCCUUGCUGAGCCGAUACAAACAGUGAUGCGAAGGCAUGCUGUUCCCGAGGCAUACGAGAAGCUGAAGGAACUGACCAGAGGAAGAGAAGUCUCGAAGCAAAGCAUCAGAGAGUUCACAGAAACCUUGGAUUUGCCUGAGGAAGCAAAAGCAAUUCUCUUGAACUUGACUCCUAACUCCUACAUUGGAGAAGCUGAAGAAUUGGCAAAAUCUGUGGAUGAAGCUGUGGAUCUAGUUAAUGGAUUUAAACUCCAUUGAGAUUUGCGACUUCUCAUAUGCAAACUGGUCUGUGUUGUCACGCUUGUUCUUCAAUAACAAGCAAAAAAACAUAAUUUUUUUUAAAGUGACAAUUUUGAGUACUUGAUCAUUGAAGCUACCAAUAAAAUGGUAAAUUUUGGAUUUCUCA